AUGGACUCUCACCGGCGCAGGAUCGCCGGCCUGGUGGCGGAUUUUAUCCCCACCCAGAUCCUUCAACAACGUGCUCAUGCCGCUGCCACAACGGGGGCGGCUGAGGCCACCUCCACCAUCUCUCCUUACCACUCCAACCUUGCUGGUGUAAACCAGCCCGUCAACAUGCUGUUCAAGGACAUGCUCUGGGCUAGCUUUGGUGGAAUGGCAAUUGUCGUCCUGGUUAUCACCAUCAGCCGUAUCCUCUGGGCCCAGCUUCGUCAUGUCUCGGCCAUGUCGGUUGAGGGUGAGAGGCAAAACUACUGGAAGACGGCUCAGUGGAACUGGAUGCCCAGCUUGAAGAAACAUCUCAUGUACGCCCCUCUCUGGAACAAGCGCCACAACAAGGAGAUCAAGCUCUCGAGCGCUAUCGGCAUCGGCACCUUGCCUUCUCGCAUGCACAGCGUCAUCCUCGGAUUCUAUAUCGCCAGCAACAUGAUCUACAUGUUCUUCCUGAACUGGGAGAAUGCCAACCUGUACUCUUUCUGCGCCGAACUCCGUGGUCGCUCCGGCACACUCUCCGUCGUGAACAUGGUGCCGCUCAUCAUUCUUGCCGGCCGCAACAACCCGUUGAUCGGCAUGCUUCACGUUAGCUUCGACACCUACAACCUUCUUCACCGAUGGGUUGGCCGCAUGUCUGUCAUCGAGGCUGUCCUUCACACUAUUGCCUGGUUGAUUGUCCAGAUCGCCGACAGCGGAUGGGAUGGCGUUUGGCAUAGGAUGUCCAACGAGCUCUUCAUUGGCUCGGGCAUGGCUGGUACGCUCGCUCUCAUUGUCAUCAUGAUCUUGUCGUUCUCGCCCGUUCGCCACGCCUUCUACGAGACUUUCCUCAACGUCCACAUCAUCCUCGCAUUCUUCAUCUUCCUGAUGACCUACAUCCACUGCGCCGUCGCUGGUCUUGCGGGUGGCCUUCCUCAACUCCCCUGGAUGAUUGCUAUCUUCAUUCUCUGGUUCCUUGAGCGUAUGGCCCGCAUUGUUCGUGUCGCUUACAUGAACUGGUCUGACCGCGGUACCACCGAUGCCAUUGUCGAGGCCGUUCCUGGCGAGUGCACUCGUGUCACCAUGAACCUUCCUCGCUACGUCGACGUCAAGCCUGGCACUCACGCCUACCUGAGAUUCAAGGACAUCCGCCCCUGGGAUUGCCACCCCUUCUCCAUCGGCUGGGUUGAGCAUAUUCCUGACCACCGCUCGCUGCCUCUUGGAGUGGACGAGGAGAAGGCUACGCUCACUGCCAUUGACAAGAAGAACACAACGACCUCCAUCUCUUUCAUUAUCGGUGCUCAGAGUGGCUUCACUCGUGAUCUUUACAACGUUGCCCGCCAGAGCGGUGACCGCGCUAUUCGCAUGAAGGCUUGCGUUGAAGGUCCCUACAGUGGCCAUCACUCGCUCGACUCGUAUGGUCACGCGGUCCUCUUCGCCGGCGCUACUGGCAUCACUCACGGUAUUUCCUACCUCAAGCCCCUCAUCGAUGGCUACAACAACGGCAGCGUUGCCACGAGACGCAUCACCCUCGUCUGGAUCGUCCGUGACUACGAAGCUCUCGAGUGGGUUCGUCCCUGGAUGGAUACUAUCCUUCGCCUCCCCAACCGAAAGGACAUCCUCCGUAUCCAGCUAUACAUCACUCGCCCUCAGAACUCUCAACAGAUUGUUUCGGCAUCCAACACAGUCCAGAUGUUCCCUGGCCGCCCCAACAUUCCUCUGAUUAUGAAGCGUGAGGUGUCGGAGCAGCAGGGCGCCAUGUGCGUCCACAUCUGCGGCCCCGGUGCUCUCGCUGAUGACGUGAGAUCUGCGGUGAGAGAGGUGCAAGACGAGGGCACAGUGGUUGACUUUGUGGAGGAGAGUUUCACGUGGUAG